GAGGGGGGUAUGAGCUGGAGAGAGUGCUGAGCAGGCAUUCAUGAGAUACAGUAAGAAAAGCGUCUUUCCCCCUGCCUCUCGCUUCAGAUGCAGGAAUGGACCAGAGAGCUGUGACUGUGUUAGCAGCAAAGAGAGAGCAUGAUUGGAUUGGAUUGGAGUGACAGCACUAUGCAUGAAGCACCAGCCGCUCUUUCUGUCAUAGGCUUUCUCAGUGCGAGGGGAUGGGAGAAACCAGGGAAUAAUUAAAGUGAGCUGAGCAUCUCUGAGCAGAGCAAUGUGGCCAAGAGGAACGGGGCACGGAAACUGCCUGCUAUUUGGAUAAUCUCUGAUUUUAGCCUCGGCUCUGUGCAGCUUGCUUAUUUUUUGAAUGGCAAUGUGGAGUCAAGGUUUUAUAUGGCAUUUGGGAUAAAAAGCAAGAUUACACUUACUAUUUUUUUAAAAAACAAAAACCAAAAUAUUUUCUUUGGGUGCAGUAUCUCUCUCUCUCUCUCUCUCCCCCCCUUUCCUUUUUUUGUAUAGCAGGGGGAGGGGGAGAGUGUGACAUCAAAGGGAAUGUUUUCUGUGCAGGAGAGACUUCUCAACAAGUCAGCACGUUGUUUCCUAACUCCUAGCUGAGCAGACUCCAGUUUGUCAACUGGCUGCUUUUACAGCACUUUACUCCUUGACAGGAUGGCAAGCAAAAGAACAUCUGGCACACAACAAUAGGGCGGGGGGAAGGUGAGGAAAAACCAAAUAAGGAAACUAUCCACAACCAACUCCCCAGUAAAAUAAAGCCUACAAAUACCUUUGUCAGUAAUAAUUGUGGAACUAUUUUGACGUCAUCAUGCGCAGGUCAAGCACGGAUGAAUCGACCUAUCACAGGAGCCCUUCUUUGGACAGCAAGGAUUACAGUUUUCCAAAUGGCGCCUUCCGUCGCUACAGCAGCAUGUAUGGCGGCCAGUUUGGGGCUGCAAGCAACUCUUUUUUUGGAUUCCACACCAACCCAGGCCCUAAGGCCACCAAGGCUAAGUACACAUCUCCCAAGGGGAACAAGUAUGUGGUCUUUUACUUGGAUCUCUCCUUUAUUUUUCUUCUAGAACUGAAGAGGUGCAGUAUGGCUCACAACUGCCUGCAGUGUAUUAAGUACCUCAUGUUUGUCUUCAACCUUCUCUUCUGGUUGGGAGGCUGUGGGAUCCUUGGAGUUGGCAUAUGGCUCGCUGUUACCCAAGGGAACUUCGCUACCCUCUCUUCUUCCUUCCCUUCCCUGUCAGCUGCCAACCUGCUGAUCGUCACAGGGACUUUUGUAAUGAUCAUUGGCUUUGUGGGAUGUAUAGGAGCCAUCAAAGAAAACAAGUGCCUCCUGCUCAGUUUUUUUAUCAUGCUGUUAAUUAUAUUUAUGCUGGAGCUAACCGUUGUGAUUCUCUUCUUCGUCUACACCGACAAGAUUGAUAAGUAUGCUCAGCGGGACCUGAAGAAAGGGCUUCAUUUGUAUGGAACUGAUGGAAAUAUUGGCCUAACUAAUGCAUGGAGCAUCAUACAAACAGAUUUCAGAUGCUGUGGCGUGUCAAACUACACCGACUGGUUUGAAGUGUACAAUGCCAGUCGGGUACCAGAUUCAUGCUGCUUGGAAUUCAGUGAGAAUUGUGGUCUUCAUUCCCCAGGGACCUGGUGGAAAGCUCCUUGUUAUGAAACAGUGAAAAUAUGGCUCCAGGAAAACCUGCUAGCAGUGGGAAUUUUUGGAUUGUGUACAGCUUUGGUUCAGAUUCUUGGAUUGACAUUUGCAAUGACCAUGUAUUGUCAGGUUGUCAAGGCAGAUACCUACUGUGCAUAAAAACCAUAUUCGGAGUCCAUCGGCCAUGUCUCUUCUCUACAAGAUGCACGAGGACUCUUCUUCAUGUUCAAUCAUCAAUUUUUUAAAUGUAAAAUAAACUGUGUAUAAUUCUCUCUGGA